AUGGCGUCUCCAAACUUCUCAACAAGAACCCACACCACAAGCCGCUCCUUCACCUACUCAUACAUCCACAUUGAACCCUCGACCCCUUCAAAACCCUACAUACUCUUCCUCCAUGGCUUUCCCUCCUCCUCUCACGACUGGCGCCAUCAAAUCACCUACCUAUCCUCCAAAUGCUACGGAAUCAUCGCUCCAGAUCUACUCGGAUAUGGAGGCACCUCCAAGCCCUUCUCAAUCGAAUCUUACAAAUUCAAAGACAUGGCUUCCGAUUUACACGAAAUCCUCUCCUUACACUCCAUUUCCGCAUCUCACAAAGUGUUAGGUGUAGGACAUGAUUGGGGAAGUUCGAUGCUCUCACGGAUGGUAAAUUAUUAUCCGGAAUUGUUUGAGAAAUUAGUAUUCUUAGACAUAGGAUAUCAGGCACCUGGUGGACCGGGAUUUAAUUCCGACUUGGUGAGGAUGAUUAAUGCGCAAAUUAAAGAGAUGGCUGGAUAUGAAGUUUUUGGAUAUUUUUUGUUCAUGGAUGAGGAAGGGAGUGCGGAGUUAAUGGAUAAGAAUCCCGAGUCCGUCAUGUCACUGUUUUAUAGCCUAGACAGUGAUCUAGGGAAGGAAAACUUAGGAGCUACAGGAGGUUUUCGUAAAUGGCUUGACGGGAGUAUGAUAGCUCCUUACCCAGCUUUUGUCAAAGACGAGGACGUAGCGAGUUUUAAAGCCUUAUUCUCACCUGAGAACGAAGGAUUUGGUGCUGCGAAAAACUGGUACACAGCACAAUUACACGGCAUCAAUGUAGCAGAUGACCAAGCCAUCCCCAAAGAAAAAGCCAUUCUUCACCAACCAACCCUCCUCGUAACAUCUACCAAUUACGCUAGCUUAAGCGCGAAUUUUGCUUCGCAAAUGAAACCGUAUGUAUCGAAUUUGAGGGUUGAGAAUUGGGAAGCUGGCCAUUGGAUUCAACUUGAGAAGAGUGAGGAGACAAAUGUGUUGUUGGGGGAAUUUUUUGAGGGUUGA